AUGGAGGGGAGAGAAGGAGGGAUCACUCCUGCGGCGGCGGCGGCAGCGGCGGCGGCGGAGGGCGAGGAAGUAUGGGCCGGAUGGGAGCUUGUUGCGGCCGCUGAAUCCGACGCCGAUAUCGGCGUCGGUGCCGGGCGGGGAUGUUGGGGCUCUCUCUAUGAAUGGAGGGGAGAGAAGGAGGGAUCACUCCUGCGGCGGGGGUUGAAGAAGAAGCGGGGGAGGCCGAGGAAGUAUGGGCCGGAUGGGAGCUUGUUGCGGCCGCUGAAUCCGACGCCGAUAUCGGCGUCGGUGCCGGGCGGGGAGUAUACGCCUGCGGCAGCGGUCGGGGCGGCGAUGAAGCGGGGUAGAGGGCGGCCAGUGGGCUUCAUGAGCAAGCAUCAGCAUCAUCAUCAUCAGCAGCACCGUGGAUUCCAUUCGGAUUCUUUAGGUGAGAUGGUGGCGUGCUCUGCUGGUGCAAAUUUUACACCACAUAUUAUUACUGUUGCUGCUGGUGAGGAUGUCACUAUGAAGAUCAUAUCAUUUUCCCAGCAAGGACCUAGAGCUAUCUGCAUUCUAUCAGCUAAUGGUGUGAUAUCCAAUGUUACCCUUCGUCAGCCUGACUCAUCCGGUGGUACAUUGACUUACGAGGGUCGUUUUGAGCUGCUUUCCUUAUCUGGAUCAUUUAUGCCAACUGAAAAUGGUGGAACAAGAAGUCGAUCUGGUGGGAUAAGUGUUUCCUUAGCCAGCCCGGAUGGUCGUGUUGUGGGUGGUGGAGUUGCUGGCCUUCUGGUAGCUGCUAGUCCUGUUCAGGUUGUGGUUGGGAGUUUCUUGCCGAGCUACCAGCUGGAGCAGAAGGCGAAGAAGCCAAGGCUAGAUCGCGUACCCGCGUCUACGCCCACAUCAGCCCCAGCUCCGAUUUCCGCUGCAGAUAUGGAGGAGACUUACAGCAGCGGACAAGGGCCGCCGCGCAGUUCAGCACCGUCAAAGUUCACCAUCACUACAUCUUUCAGAGGCGACAAUUGGUCUUCCCCUCUGCAGUCUGUGCCCGACUCGAGAAACUCCGCGACGGAUGUCAAAAUCUCCAUACCCGGCGCGUGAAAGAUCCGAAACUAAGAAACGCUUCCCUUCACAGUUGCCGCCUCCAUUGGCGGAACAAAGCAGUAGGAACUGACUCAUCUAACUUUGUAAAACUUAUUUGCAUGGAUUUUAUUAUUUAUAGGACAGCGAACUUGGAAGAAGGUUUCUUUGUAGGUUGUUGUUCAUGAUUUUCUGCCUUCAGUUAAUUACCCUGCGGAUGUUUAAUUUGUGACUCAUGCGUUUUUCAUUCGAUGAUGUCUAGAUUCUAUCAUUACUAUUUU